AUGGCCCUAUUGCAGAUCCUAUCCGUGCACAGGACACGGCUUGCCGCGAUGCUGCUUCUCUUCCUCCUCCUCGCCGCCGUCACCGUCCAUACCCUACGGACCCGGCGCACGCGCACGCGCCUCCGCAAACUCGGAACCCACCAGGGCCUCCCGCUCCCGCCCGGCCCCCCCGGCGAACCAAUCCUCGGCCACCUCCGCAUCAUCCCGACCGACAACCCGGAACACGCCUACGCCGCCUGGUCAAAAGAAUACCGCUCCGACAUCCUCUCCUUCAACGUCCUAGGCCAGCCCAUCAUCGUCCUCAACUCGGUCCGCGCCGCCGUCGACCUGCUCGAUAAACGGGGCGCAAACUACUGCGACCGUCCGCGCUUCGUGCUAUUCGAGGAGAUGGGCUGGCGCAAGACGCUGACGUUUAUGCGAUGGGGCCCGGAGUUUCGUAUGCAUCGCAGUAUCCUGCAGCGGAGCUUUUCCAAGACGAGUGUGCAGGUGUAUCGCGAGCUGCAGGAGAAAGAGGCGUUGGUUUUGGUCAAGGGGAUUAUACGAGACCCUGGGUCUUGGGAGACGGCGCUGCGGAGGUUUGCGACGGCUAUUGUGAUGAGGAUUGGAUUCGGUGUGAAUGUUGAGAGUGAUACCGACCCGUACAUCCAAAUGGCCACGGAUGCAUCCUACGCACUCGGCCAUGGUGGAGCGCCGGCUGGGACGCUGGUCGACUUCUUCCCGUUUGUACGGCAUCUGCCCGACUGGCUGGUCCGAGACCGAUCACUCCGCUUCGCGCGGACCUGGAGCUGGGCGAUCCGCCAGAUCCACGAUGCCCCCUACGCCGCCGUGACAGCCAAGAGGACCCAGGACCAAGAACACAGUCUCACUAAAAUGCUGCUGGAGCAGAGGACAGAGCAGAUCAAAUCCGGCAUCCCCCCGGAGCUGUCGGUAGAUGACAUCAAGGGCGCCGCGGCGGCGGUCUACGCUGCGGGACAGGAUACGACGUGGUCCACGCUGGUAGUCUUCGUCCUCAAUAUGGUUUUGCACCCCGAGGUCCAGGAAAAAGCGCAGAGGAUGCUGGACGAGGUUGUCGGAGAUGGGAGGAUGCCUUGUUUCGAGGACAGGUCGAGGCUACCCUACAUUGACUAUAUCGUCCAGGAGACGCUGCGGUGGUGCCCCGUCUCCCCGAUUGGCGUGCCGCACCGCUCGCUGGAGGAUGAUGUAUAUGAUGGCAUGUUCAUACCCAAGGGAUCGUUCGUGUACGCCAACGCGCGGGCGAUGACGCACGAUGAGCGGACGUAUGCUGAUCCCGAGGCGUUUGACCCGGAGAGAUACGUUCCUGUUGAGCAGGGCGGCCGCGGGGAGCCGUUUCCUGUGGGGCAGUUUGGGUUUGGGAGGAGGGUUUGUGUUGGAAAGCAUCUUGCGGAGGCGAGCGUUUGGAUUGUGAUUGCUUCGAUGCUCGCGACGGUCAAGAUUGAGGGGGCGAGAGGGCCGUGGGGAGAGGAGAUUAUACCGCGUGUGGAGUUGACGAAUGGACUUACGAGUCAUCCGAAGCGAUUCCCGUGCCGGAUUAUACCCAGGAAUACUCGAAGUGCAGAGAUGGUUAUUUCAGCAGCUUUAUAG